UAAAACGAGGAACAUACAAGUAGCAUGCUUUGUUAUAAACAUAACCUUUAUACUAUAAUCAUAGAAUAAUAAGUAAUGUUGUUCAUUGACAUAAGAUGAUAAUUAAUAUAUUUUAAUUAAUUAUUAUAUAUGUAUAUAUUAUAUAUAAUUUCAUAUAAAAUGGAGUACUUCAACGAAACAUCAAAUAAUAUGGAUAAUAAACCAAGGUUAACAAAACUUGGAAUUAGUCUUAUAGCAGUAACAGGAGGAUUGGCAACAGCUAUUAGCAUAGUAUGCAUACCUUUUGUGAGUCCAGCAUUUCGCAAGAUCUGUUUACCUUAUGUACCAGCCACGAAUCAACAAGUACAGAACGUUUUACAAGCUCUAAAAGGACGUUCAGGUUCAUUGAUUGAUCUUGGGAGUGGAGAUGGACGUAUUGUUUUAGCAGCAGCAAAAGCUGGUUUUAAGUCAUAUGGUAUAGAAUUAAAUCCAUGGCUUGUAUGGUAUUCUAGACUAACAGCUUUUACAAAUGGUCUGUCAUCUCAGACUCGAUUCUUUAGAAGAAAUUUAUGGAAGUGUAAUUUACAAAAUUAUAAUAAUGUGAUUUUAUUUGGGGUUGAACAAAUGAUGGAAGAUAUUGAACAAAAAUUUAAUACAGAAUUACAAAAAGAUUCUGUAAUAAUAGUCUGUAGAUUUCCUCUUCCUAAUACAAAUCCAAUUGCAACCAUUGGCGAAGGUGUUGAUACUGUGUGGUUAUACAAAAGAUAAAAAUGCAAACUUCAGAAUAAAAUAG